GGAAAUAGGAAAUAGGUGAAAUCAUCGGUCGUUGCAAGUCAAUUCCUAAAUAUUAUAAUAUUCAUUCGCAUGAGGACAUCUAUGACGAACUUCCAAUAAAAGCAACUGGGCAGCACGAAUUGAUCUUCUCACUCGUUCAUCCUUAUCAGACCCUCUUCUCGACGCCUUUCUUCUUCUAUUCCUCUAUUUUCAGGCCACAUUUCUCAGGUGUGCAAACAUCAAGUAUGAAAGAGGAGUCAAAUUGUAAAAGAAUUGCAAGUAUGUCAAGAUCAGCUAAAAAAAGUGAAUUGGUUAGGAAUGUAGAAGAGAAAAGGAAGCAGCAAGAGUCUCUGAUUCCCUAUGUUCAUGAAGACUGCGUUUCAAAUAUCCUCAUUAGACUCCCACUUGACUCACUUCAUAGAUCAAUGUUUGUUUGUAAGCACUGGUUCAAUAUCAUAUGCAGCCCGACAUUUGUUGAGACUCAUUUCCGUUGUUCUGAAUCAGUUUUAAUCUUCAAUGCACCAACUCGUUAUGAAGAAACUUCCCCCCAUUUUACUCCAUCACUCCCACAUUCUAGAAAAUCAAACACCUUCUCAAUUGAAGCAAAGUAUAUGCAGUCUUCUGAAUCUCUCUCUUUGUUCCAUAACUUGGAGCCCACUUCAAAGACAUUCAUUCAGUUUUUAGAAUUUCAAGAUGGAAUUAGCAAUGUAGGAGAGUACAGCUUAAGUUGCUUUGGACAGAUUCGAGCGACCUGCAAUGGUUUGAUAUUGCUUGAUAACAAAUUGAAGAUAGGGGGAUUGAUAGUUAUUAAUCCAGUGACCAGGAAGCUGACUGCUCUUCCUCCAGGAACUUUGAAUUCAUCACAUAAUGAAUCUUAUGGAUUUGCGUAUGACUAUGUUUCAGGCAGAUACAAGGUCGUUCACUUGUUUCGCGAUGCAUUAUUGUAUAUCAGUUGUGAGAUAUUUAUUCUUGGUACUGAAAAGUGGAGAGCUGUAGAUGGACCUCCUUUUGGUCUCUUUGGUUGGUUUGGAUAUAAACCUGUUGAAGCCAUAGGAGCCCUCCACUGGAUCCCACAAGUUAACCACAGCAAUUGCAUCGUAUCAUUGGAAAUCGAGAAUGAAAAGUUUCAAACGAUACCACUUCCAAACAGUUGCAAUAGGUAUGAUGGAAUUGUUGAAAUUGGCUCUUCUCUAAGCUAUGUCACACAUAAGGAGACCCACACAGAUAUUUGGAUCUUGAAGGGCUUGUCUGGGGAAGUAUGGAUAAAACAGCAUAGCAUCAACAUAGGUUGCAGAAUGGAUAUGGUUCCACUUUUGAGUUUCAGAAUAAGAGGAGACCUCAUUUUCAAAUCAAAAGAUGGUUUUUUUUACAUCUACGACUUUGAAUUGCGAUCAAUUACUAAAGUUGAGAAUAAAAAACGACUCCGCUUGUCAUCAGAUUUCCUUUUUCCUCAUGUCAACAGCAUGGUCUCUUGGAGUAGCAGUUAGAAAUCUAAAGUCAGUUUGCAUUGAAGAUGCAUCUUGGGAGAUAUUAUUAUUUACUAUAUUAAUCUGAUUAAGCAUGUCUUGUUCUUUUUUAGGUUCUGUAUAUGAGACUUUGAGAUGAGUUUAAAAAUUAUUCUUUCUGAUCA